GACCAUGAAUUUCAAUACAACGCCUGAACAAAUGCCUUUUUCCUCCUGUUUUCUAGCCUUGAUUACACUCCAGUCUCCACCCUGUUGUAUUACAUGCCACACUGCAGCCACAGCACUGUCAGCAUCAAUACAUAUAGUUCACCACAUUCUUGUAGCUAGCAUUAAGUUGAGCUAGGACUGUUACAAGUGUACACAUGAAAUGGGAGAAAGUCGACAUGUAUCAUCCAUGAAGGUGGUCCUGCCUGGGGAUUUGAUCAUGGAACUUCCUGUGAAGCCGGUCGAUACAAGUGAAAACGUCUUCCUUGGUCCUGGACUACGAUGGAAAGAUGGAGUUGUUAGAGCCACACGUCCUGGAAUUCUGAAGAAAGAUAGUAGGAAUUUAUACUUUAUUGAAAGCCAUCAGAAAAGGUACAUUCCUCAGAAAAGAGAGUUUGUUGUUGGAACUGUGAUAAAAAAUAAAGGUAACUCUUAUCUAGUGGAUAUUGGUAGUCAUGAACCAGCAACCAUUUCAUUUUUGGCUUUUGAAAAUGCAUCCAAAAAAACACGGAAAGAUCUCAGGCUGGGUGACCUUAUCUACGGUCAAUUAUUGGUAGCAAAUAAAGACAUGGAACCUGAACUUGUAUGCAUAGAUUUUUACAACAGAGCUGUUGGGAUGGGCACCCUGCCUGACGGUGGCCUGCUGUUCAAAGUCCCUUUACACGUGGCGAGAAGCUUAGUAAAUCCUUCCAAUCCAUUCUUGUUAGAGCUUGGAGCUCGCUUAUCUUUUAGCAUUGUUGUUGGUUUCAAUGGACGAGUGUGGGUGAAAGCCAAGAACAUGGCAGACAUGACCAGCGUGAUGCACGCAGUGUCGUUGCUCGAGUGUAUGAGUACAGAAGAAGCUCUCAUUAAAAUGCAUUCUGUUAUUGAUUCAGUGCUUUCCCAGUGCGCUGUGGACUAAUAGCUGUAGUGUUUACCCAGUAUCGAUUUUGUAUUAAUAAAUGAAUUUAUUCAUUUUGCAUACUUUGUCUAUUUUUCCCUUCAUGGAUCUCCUUUAUACAUUCUUCUUACCAGUAUUUCUUGGUGUCAAUGAGAUUUAUUGAUUUACAAUUAAUAAUAAUGACUUGAACGGGAAAUGUGUUUCAGAGUUAGUAUGAAAAUUAAUAACUACCUGUCGGAAAAUUCAUUGAAUUCAAAAUAUGUUCCAGAAAUUGUUUCAUCUUUUUUAUUAGGCUUAUUACACUCAACAAUUCUUCAGCGGUUAGCUCCUUUUGUCCUUUGAUGUAUAAUGAGCUGCAGUCAGGCCUCUGCACUGGAAAAUCUACCGUCAAUGCGGAUUCUCACCUCAUCACUUGAGUUUUUUUCUAUUGAUCUAUUUUUAUUAACAAAACAAUCGCUUGUUUCAAGCGCCAUCUAAACAGCUUCGUAGUCAUGUGGUUACCAAACCGUACAAAUCGUAGUUUUGACCCGGUUUUUUGAUUCGGUUUUUAAUGACAAGCUGCGAGGUACGAGUGGCGACGUAUGCGUCAUUGACAGUAGCUGUCUAAUGUAUUAUGGAUCCUAACAUGAUAAAGUUGAAUGCUAUUUGUUUUAUUCUUGUCAAGCUUUCAUAUGUUCUUUGUAAACUAAACAUGAUCAGUAAAAUGUGCUAUUAAGACUAAGAACGUGGGCUCCAUCUUGUAACAGAAAACGUAGUGCUGUUCAACAUAUUUUAAUGAAUAUAACUAUGCCUAUGACAAAAAUCUUAUACAAAUUAAAUGUAAACCCAUCCUUUGAACCAAAUUUAUCAUUCUUUGAGUACAAAAAUAAACUGUUACACUCUGA